AUGUUUUUCAAUGCGCUUCUAAUCGCCGCUCUUCCUCUAAUCGCACCGAUCACCGCUUCUUCCAUACAGAAACGUGACGACGUCGAUGUAUUCAUCUGGGGAAAUGCCAACCUCACGGACUAUUCUACCGAGUACACCUUCUCUGCCGGGACUUGCCAGGCUAUCGCAACCCCAACUUCAGGGCAGGUGGGCUCUGCUACCGUGGAUAUGAACGCUAGGUGCGAUAUAUACGCAUCUACCAAUUGUGCUGGUCCUAUUGCAGGAUCAUUCAGUGCCCCCGGAAUUUCCGAUACAGGGGCACUCGGACAAUCUUUUAGAGCUUUGAUAUGCAGCAUCCCCAGUGGCAUGCCUGCUUCGAGCACGGCCAUUCCUUAG